AAAUGGGGUCAGACUGGAAUGAAACACAAGACUCUGACCCUGGGGGAUUGAGAGGGCUUCUACAGGCAGAAGGUCCGGUAGAGUUACCGUCCCUCUGCCCUUCUGCGUCUUCUCGGCCAAGGGCCUGGGCCCCACAGUGCUGCCGCUCCUCCGGCCAAACCCGUUGCUGCCGGUGUUCCUGCCUUCGCUGCCUGUCCUUUCUGGGACUUGUAGCUUAUACUUAAGUCCCGGUACUAAAAGUUUUAAUAAGCAUCUGUAUAGUGAGCCCUUAGUUGGCGCCAACCAGUUUGCUGAGGAUUUAAUAGCCUUACAUUUAAUAGCGUCUCAACAUCUAACUAUUACAUCCCUUUUAUGGUGAAUGUCAGUGGCAGAACUGACAAAUCCAGGCCUACCAGACUCCCUUGGGUCAAGCACUUCUAUUUUACUGCCCCAAUAGCUUGCAUUUUAGUUUUUUGUUAUAAAAAUAUAAUGAACCCUCAGCUAUUCAUCACCCAAAUUUUAUUCUUCAGCUAAAUCGCAAGCCUCACCUCUCAGAAUAAAUCUUUAUGGCAGCCUGUGGGUUAUAAAUAAUCCAUAAAGUAAGUCCCAUCUUCUUGGCACUGGCCAAUGACUGCCUCUUGACAAUUCUUUGCCUACCUCCUAUUACUUGAGAACGUAAUACCCACGAGAGACUAGUAAGUGCUUUACAAACAUUAUUAAUUAUAGGGAAUACUUUGGAUUUAUGUGCAGGCCUUUGCUAAGGGCUUUAUAUGCUUUAGCUCUUUUAAUCCUGUGAGACUGAUGAUUUGCUCAUUUUAUACAUGAGAAAACAGGCACGAUUAAUAAAAUUGUCGAAAGUAAGGGUUUGGACCCACCCUGCUUGACACCACUGUCUAUACUCGUUAACCACGAGAUUGUGUAGCUUCUUGCAGUAAUAAAAAUAAAGUGAAUGAACUUGUGUGUCCGCAGACUUUUCUGGAGGGUGUACAUAGUUUCUCCAAUGAACAACUUCAGAGAGAAAGCCGCCCAUCCACAUACUUCAGCACCUGGUACAUACCUGUUGUAAAGCACUUACCAGGUGGUAUUGCAAUGAUUUGUUUACACAGCUAGUUCUCCUUAGACUGACUUCUUCAAGGCCAGGGACUAUGGCUUACUUUUAUGUUCCCAGGGCUUAACCAGUUCCUGACAAACUGGAACUCAAAAACAGUUUGCUCAGUGAGUGACUGGUAGGAUCAACCCAUCUCUCUUCAGUGCUGCACAGGACAGCAGAUAUACCAGCUCAGGGUUUGAAAGAUCACCUGGAGGUCUCAGCUGUCUUAACUCCUGGGAGACCCUGGACAUGCCAUGAUGUACUGUGGAGUGGUUGCAUUUAGAAGAGGGGGAGGAAGUCCUGAACACUGUAAGUAAUCCAUGGUUGGGUUGGAAAACAAGAUUGAAGUUACUCAUUAGCGGGUGAAAGGGUCAAGGGUCGAGGCAAGGGGGCUGGAAGCAGACUAUACUGAGCAAGCGAGCUAGGGAGAGCAGUUAAGGCACCAGCCACUCCACGCAGAGCACCAGCUCCCUCCUGCCUGAAGAUGUUCCACCACAUUUGGGCAGCUCUUCUCUACCUCUAUGGCAUUCUCCUUAACUCCAUCUACCAGUGCCCUGAGCACAAUCAACUGACAACUGAAGGAAUGGAUGGGAAAGAGUUUCCAGAGCCCCACCUGGGCCAGUGGUAUUUUAUCGCAGGGGCAGCUCCCACCAAGGAGGAGUUGGCGACUUUUGACCCUGUGGACAACAUUGUCUUCAACAUGGCUGUGGGCUCUGCCCCCAUGCAGCUCCAGCUUCGAGCGACCAUCCGCACGAAAAAUGGGCUUUGUGUGCCCCGGAAAUGGAUCUACCACCUGUCUGACGGGAGCACAGAUCUCAGAACCGAAGGCCGCCCUGACAUGAAGACCAAGCUCUUCUCCAGUGCAUGCCCAGGUGGAAUCAUGCUGAAAGAAACAGGCCAGGGUUACCAGCGCUUCCUCCUCUACAAUCGCUCACCCCACCCUCCUGAGAAGUGUGUGGAGGAAUUCCAGUCCCUGACCUCUUGCCUGGACUUUAAGGCCUUCUUACUGACUCCCAGGAAUCAAGAUGCCUGCGAGCUGUCCAGUAACUGACCUGUGGCUUCACCUAUGCCCUCCAGAUGGAUACAGCAGGAACUUGUAUGGUGAAGGGAGAAGCUGGAGACUCCCAACUCUCUUUCAAAAGUAAUAAAGAUGAUUUUCCAAUCCUC